AUGGCUGAAGAACAACACAUCAAUCCCGCGAUCACAGAAGCCGACUCGGCAGAAAAGGGGAAGCGCGCCAUUCAUAGCGAUCCUCACGAUGGCGGGUCUUCUGCAGCCGAUUCCGCAAAAGAGCAGGACCCUGUCAGAGACACACUUUUUCCGGGCAGAGACACGAGGGGACUCAGGAUCUUGCAUACUCCUGAGGAAUCCGUCAUCGACAUUAUCUUCAUCCACGGCCUGACGGGCGAUUCGUUCCGUACGUGGCACCACAAGUCGGGCACCUACUGGCCAGUCGACCUGUUGCGAAAGGACAUGUCAGACGCGAGAAUUCUGACUUUCGGAUACGAUGCCGACGUCACAAAAUUCUUGAGCAAGGACGGAAAGGUUGGUAAUGGAAAUCUUCGUACGCACGCCGCGACUCUCGUGGCCGAGGUCGGGGCGUUGCGAAGGGCAAAUGAUGCAUUUCGGCCUAUUAUCCUCGUCACGCAUAGUCUCGGAGGCCUGGUUUCUCAGAAAGCUCUCUGCAUCUCUGCCGAGGCCCCAGAGGAGCACCACAAGCAGCUAGACCAAUGUACUAUUGGACUAUUCUUCUUAGGGACACCUCACCGAGGCUCCGACCUGGCUGAUUAUGCGGUUGUCAUCUCCAAAAUCUUGGCGUUGGCAGAUAGGCAGCUGAAUAAAAGGACUUUAGGGGUUUUACGACCCGACUCCGAAGUGCUGUCGGAUAUACGAGCCUCGUUUGGUAUGUGGCUCCGAAGGAACCACGAGCGCUGUUCCGUCGUAUGCUUCUUCGAGGAGCAUAGUACACCCGGCGUUGGCUUCAUUGUCGAUAAAGUAUCGGCCACCAUCGAAGGAUAUCUACCAAUACCGAUACCCGCCGGUCAUCGAGACAUGCCCAAAUUCGGCCAAAGCGAGGAUGCGGGCUAUCAGCGGAUCGUCCAAAACCUCUCUCUUAUGGUCGAAAGAAUGAACGCGAUGCCCAAAGACGACGAGCCUGAAGUGUUCGAGCAAGAUAUGGGUGGUAUUAAGGCACGCGCACGCGAAAAACCUGGAAGUGACGGCUUGGAUCAAGUAGACCGCUUUCUCGAGCUGCUAGCAUUCUCCGACAUGGGAGAACGCCAAGCCGGGAUCGAGCACCCAUCUGGACAAACGUGUAAAUGGCUCCUUACCCAUCCGAUCUACGAAGGCUGGCAUGAAAAUGGCCGCCGAGAUGUCGAAGAGUUUGUCCGGCAAGCGUUCGCCAAAGAGUCCGCCGGGAUAGAUGAGAUAAUAAAGUCACUCGAAUCUGAGAUUAUCAAAGGCGCCAACGGAAGCUUCCAGUGGACCAAGCUCGUUACAUCCAGAGCGGUUAGCAUGUAUCGAGACGGCGAGGGAGGGGAUGCAAUACGCGACAUGAUCGAUUCUGUUCACGAUAACCUCUCGGCCAUUUAUGAAGGGAUCGUCAAGGCCCUCUUGGACCGAUCGCCUUCUCUCUCUUAUAGGUUGUUCAAUUGGCUUUGUUUUGCUUUUAGUCCUCCUUCAAUUCCCCAGCUCCGAGCUGCUCUGAACGCAAAGCCUUUACGACCUAUUAAUGACAAUCUUGUCGGCCACUCCCCGGCCCUCAUUUGUUUCGCUGAAGAUGCCCAGGAAACCCUAAGCAACAUGACGGCCCGCGUUGGGGAAUGGUCGCGAUCUCUCGUCGGUCUUGAGAUUCGGUCGAAAUCCGUGUUGGAACUAUUUUUCGAGGCAAUGGAAGGUCCCGUUUUACUGGAUCACCUCUUUGAAGCAAAGGUGCAAUCGAGCCAUGAUAUUGCCUAUCUUCGACGGCCUCUGAACUCGCUUGCCAGCUCACCGGCGCUUAAGGAAUGUGUUUUGGACCCUGCGGCUUACGCGGCUACGCGAUUUGAAGAUUCAGUCCUUCUCUCGACGGUUCUAUCGUUUUAUCCGGAGUCCGAUCUACCCUUAGCUCGUCAGGACGAAUUCGGUCAAACGCUUCUCACAAUAGCAGCGGGGAAUGGUUAUUUAAAAACGGUGCAUUACAUCCUAGAGCACUACCCGUCCACGGUUUCCGUCAACGAUCCAGGCUUCCAUGGGAGGUCAGCAUUGUCGAGCGCCGCGGGAGGAGGACAUCUCGAAAUUAUAGAUGCACUCUUAGAGCAUGGGGCUGACCUAGAGUUCCGAGAUUACGGCUCUUGUACCGCUCUGCUUCUGGCCACUAAUCAAGGCCAUUUAAGCGUAGUCAAACGCUUGGUUGAGCGGGGAGCUGACUUGACCGCGCAGGAUUGCGAGGGGUACACGGCGUUGACAAGGGCUUGCAUAGGAGGUCAUGAGGAGGUGGUGCGGUAUCUCAUUGAGAAGGGUGUGGACGUCAACGAACCCAACAACAAUGGAGAGACCCCAUUAUACCUCUCCUGUCUUUGGGGCCAUGAGGCCUUGGGAUUAUUCCUGGAAUCUAGAGGGGCGAUUUUAGGAGAUGUGUCUCUGGAUAUCCUGGUCACUCAGCUGCAUCAGGCGAGCCAGAAAGGAGACAUAUCUGCCCUCGAUUUUAUUCUUAAGAUUGCCAUUCCUUCUUGGCGGAAAACGCGAAAGGAGUCGGGUCUAGAAGAGGAACGGUAUGCUAUUAUUAAGUUUCCAAGCUCCAGAAACCCUUUUCAUGCGGCGUUGAUCAGGGACGAUCCCGAAGUGUUAAGAAGACUUUGCGAUGAAAUCCUCGCGGACGGGAAUUCUGGGUUCAACACCAAAGUGGGAUCAGGUGGGCGGUUACUUCGAAUGGCCGUAACCGAGCUUGCCCCUAAGUGCAUAUCUCUACUCGUCAAACAUUUCGGCCACGACAUCAACGAUAAAGAUGCACUUGGGGACACCUUUCUCCAUCGUUUAAUACGUUUUGGCAGCCAAGACCGCGAAGACAAGGUUGCCGAGACCGCCGGAACUCUUCUAGAAUGUGGCAUAGACACGAGUGUCAUCAACAGAAAUGGGUUUUCGGCCUUGAUGCUCGCCGCCGUUCUAGAAUCCGACCUUUUUCCCCUGCUUGCCAUGUCAGAUAAGGUGGAUCCCAAUAUUCAGACCGAACGAGGUACUACUCUAUUGUAUGCAGCAAGACUCGACGACGCUCGGUACGUCGAAAUGCUCCUGGAACGAGAGGAUAUUCUCCCGGAGAUCGGCCUACCCUCGGGGUUUUCCCCUUUGCACGCAGCGGCCUGUGAGGGACAAGACGAAAUAGCAGAACUGCUGCUAGCCGACCGCAAGAGGGCAAAACGAGUCGCAGACUGCGAGGACCGAAAUGGCGUUACGCCAUUAUCCGCAGCAGCGCGAUCGGGCCAUUUGACCAUCGUCAAGAUGCUCGUCGAGACAGGUCUCGUGGAAGUAGACCAUCCCGAUGCUAACGGACGCACGCCAUUGUCUAAUGCCGCUGAAUGCGCCGCAUGGAACGACAAAGCACUUCUCGACCAAAUAAAGAAUUGCGAUUACGCUGGGAUCAUGGAAUUUCUUUGCAACCAGGAGGGCGUGGAUAUUAACAGUCGGGAUAUUUCUGGGUGUACACCCCUCGACUGGGCAUUCGAAAGUCUUUCUCGACGGAAACAGUCCGCGGGCCGCGUGAGCAAUGUCCUCUUUGAUAGGUCCGACUUCAAAAUCAAGGUGAACGAAGCUAAGAUGGCUUGGCCGACCCGAAUGCUUGUCGCGCUCGUCGCGCUGCUCGCUCAAGAUGCAUCCGCGCAGACCGGAUCUGCUAGAGGGUCAGAUUUCCUUCGGUUUGGCUGCUCUCAGCUUGUCGUCGAGCGUACUGACCCUCUGGUUAACCCCGGAAUGAUGCCAACGCCACAUAUGCAUCAGGUCGUUGGAGGUGAUUCCUUCAAUAUUACUAUGGAUCCCAACACGAUCGAUCCGCCUGCGACAUCCAGGUGCACAUCCUGCAAAAUGAGUGAGGAUUUCAGUAACUACUGGACUGCUUCUAUCUAUUUCCGGUCCCCCGAGAAUGGAACCUUCAAGCGAGUUCCGCAGAUGGCGAAUGGUCGCUUGAACGGCACAUUACUGGAGCAGGAAGGAGGGUUGACUGUAUACUACAUGCGACCUUUCGGUGGCAGAAACAAGAAAACGACAGCUUUUCAACCCGGCUUCCGGAUGCUCACGGGCGACCCAAUGCUCCGGACCAAGCCGGCCGGAAGCCUCACCAGAUGCCACCGCUGCCUGGCGGCAAGUGAGCGCACAAUGGGUGGUAGCGGCGCCCCUUGCGCAUCAGGCGAUACAGCGGAGUUCCCCAGAAAGCCGUGUCCCGGCGGUAUACGCGCCACCGUUAUCUUCCCUUCAUGCUGGGAUGGGAAGAACUUGGAUAGCCCCGAUCACAUGAGCCAUGUGGCGUUUCAGCCUGGCUCGGCACUCGCGGGCGACCAGUGCCCGAGCACCCACCCUGUUCGGAUUCCCCAAGUCAUGUAUGAGAUCAUGUACGAUACGUCAGGGUUCGCCAACCCCGAAUACUACAAGGACGGAUCGCAGCCUCUUGUAUACAGCUUUGGCGAUACUACUGGAUACGGCCAGCAUGGGGACUACCUCUUCGGUUGGGAGGGAGAUGCUCUUCAACGUGCCAUGGAUGCCCUCGGAACCAACUGCUGGAGCGAGACCUGCCCAGCUAUAAAAUUGCAGUCUGGCGAGGAUGCCAUUAACUGUAGGAAGGGACAGCAAUAUAUGGAAGACAUCGGAGAUGGCUGGCUUACCGAAUUGCCUGGAGGUCCAGAAGUACUUUGA